AUCGAAAUCCAAUCUUAUCGGACAAGGCCGCCGCCGCCUCGCCGCCGCUCCCUCCAACGUUCCUAGCCGUCCCUUCCUUCAACAUGAGCGCCACGUUCGACAUUGUAUUGCGAUCCUCCGAUUUACUCGGCUGCGUGUUCGAGUACCAGGGUGGGUUCCAUGAAGACAUGUUGCCCUUCCAACACAUUGUCCCUGCCAUCCAGUCGACGACAGACGGGCAGUUCACAAUCCAAGAGCAAGAUUUUGACGCUCUGCAUGUUAUCCUCGCUCCAUGGUACAAGACACAUGACAUCUCACGCGUCGCCAAACUGUGGGCGGAUCUCCCGUUGCUGCAAGAGAGCAUCGUGAUCCACGCCUGCAUGUAUGGCUAUGUCGACGUCCUUGCUUUUCUCCACAGCCGCUCCAUGUUGCUGCCAGAACGAUGGAGUACUAAAAUGGCAAUGGACGUUGCAGCUCGCAAUGGUCAUGUCGACGUGUUGGCCUUUCUGCACCCUCUCCUCCCCGAAGGUGCCUGCACCGUGAAAGCCAUGAACUGGGCAGCCAAGUUCAACCACCUCCACGUGUUGAAGUGGCUGCACACUCACAGCACAGCCGGAGCCACCGCGAUGGCGAUGAACUACGCCGCCGAAGGUGGGCAUUUGGAGGUUGUGAAGUGGUUGCACAUGCAUCGCCACGACGGGUGUACAACCGACGCCAUGGAUGACGCAGCUACGAACGGCCACUUGGACGUGGUGAAGUUUUUGCACGAGCAUCGCACGGAAGGCUGCACAUCCGACGCGAUCGACGGCGCGGCCGCGGAAGGCCACUUGCAUGUGGUCGAGUGGCUGCACGCUAACCGCAGCGAAGGAUGCACCGAGGAUGCCAUGGACGAGGCGAGUGAGGCAGGACACUUAAAAGUUGUGCAGUUUCUGCACCACAACCGCAGCGAAGGGUGCACAGAAGACGCGCUCAACGACGCUGCAAAGGAAGGACAUUUGGACGUGGUGAAGUUUCUUCUGGCCCAUCGACACGAAUGUGAGGUUGAUGAGGCCAUGGACUGCGCCAAACAGGCGAAGCGGCGGCAUGUUGUCACAUACUUGCGAGAGUACUUGGCGACUUGUUAAUAUGUAAUGGGGAUUUCGAUAUCUAUUCGCA